AUGGUAUAUGGUUGCCCGGGUAGUUUCCGGAUCUAUGAUGUACGGUUAUUGGGAGAGAACUUAGUAAAGAAACACGCCAGAUAUAGCAAGAAUGGUUUUGUGCCUCCACAUAACUAUGCCUCUUGUAGGGUUUGUCCUAGGAACUCUCAAGGAUGCCUAACUAUUGUAACGGAUCUCCAGGAUCAAAUGGACCAAGGUUACAUUGAAGCCUACCAAGCCAGAGAUUAUAAUCAGGUCAAUAUGGUCAAUAGUGACAGCGAAGUAAAUGUCAUAGUUCCUCAGUUCAACGACUCCAAGCCUAUACAUAUUAUUUAUGACAGUCGGAAGACUUCUGUGACUCCUCUGGUCAUUAACUUACCGGACCCAGUUCCCUACCAAUCUGAUAAAGUCGUACCUUACAAGUACAAUGCUACAAUGACUGAGAAUGGAAAGGAUGUUCCUCUACCCUCCAUUGUUAACGUCGCUGAUGUAAGCAGAGUCACAAGGAGUGGGCGUAUAUUUGCAAAAAGGACUAAGGAUGUCACAGCAGGAAAGCAGGUUCAUGUUGAGAUCCCUUUUGAACCGGUUGGCCAAUCUGAUAACAUGAACCCGAAAAGUGAUGAUGAUGAGGUGUUGAAGCUCAUCAGGAAAAGUGAAUACAAUGUGGUGGAAGAAUUACUGCAUACACCUUCCAUGAUAUCUGUGUUAUCUUUGUUGAUGAACUUUGAGGCUCACUGUGAAGCUUUACAGAAAGUCCUAGAACAAGCUUAUGUAGACCAUGAUGUGAUGGUUGGACAGUUUGAUGGUAUCGUCGCUAACAUCACGGCCUGCAGUAACUUGAGUUUCAGUAAUGAAGAGCUCCCCGAAGAAGGAAUAAAUUAUAACAUGGCACUAAAUAUCUCAAUCAACUAUAUGAAUGACUCUUUGUCAAGUGUGUUAGUGGAUACAGGAUCGUCUCUCAAUGUCAUUCCAAAGUUGACACUUUCCAGACUUUCUUUACAAGGUGCUCUUAUGAGGAGUAGUGGGAUUAUUGUCAAAGCUUUUGAUGGUUCCAGAAAAACAGUCAUUGGAGAAGUUAACCUUCCUAUGACCAUCGAACCUCAUACUCUCCAAAUAACAUUCCAGGUGAUGGACAUAGAAGUUGCGUAUAGUUGUUUAUUGGGUCGGCCUUGGAUCCAUGAAGUUGGGGAAGUCACUUCCACUCUGCAUCAGAAGCUUAAAUUUGUGAAGAACGGGAAGCUAAUGAUAGUUUAUGGGGAGAAAACACUGGUUGUGAGUCACUUAUCAUCUUUCUCUUAUCUUGAACCUGAAGAAGCUGUUGGAACUCAAUUCCAAGCCCUUUCUUUGAUUGACAAAGAUGUCAAGAUAGGAGUAUCCAUCUCUUCAUUCAAGGAUGCACAACGGCUAGUAAAUGAUGGAAUAACCGAUGGUUGGGGAAUAAUUUUGGAUCUCCCAGAAAACAAACACCGAGAGGGUAUAGGAUUUUCUCCUACUUCCAAGAAGAUUGCAGAAGGAAGUAUAUCUAUUCGUUCAAUCAAAGAAACUUUCCAUAGUGGAGGGUUCAUCAAUCCCACUUUGCGAGAAGUUAGUGUCGUCACUGAAGAUAAUGAUUCAACAUGGGAACCCUACUGCGAUGAUCCUGAAUAUGAUCUUGAGGCGGAAGAUGCAUAUGUGCCUUUCUACUUACCUCAGCAUAGAGAACUUGAAUACAUCACGGGGUCAGAAGACGAAGCAGCUGAAGCCAAUGCCACUAUGGAAGACAGUCCUAAAGAUGUUACGACCGACUUCGUAGCUCGUGGUGUAAUUCGCCAAAACUGGACCUCUGUUGAUGUUCCUGUUGUUGUUCACAUUUCAAAGUAA